UCCGCCCGUUUGUCCCAUUAUCGCACCGAUCGUCCGUCCCGACACGUUUCCAGCGCGACCGCCCGCGAGAAUUCGUGCCUUUUCUUCCGAAAAAUUCUCGUAUUAUUUUUAUAAUAACAUAAAUAUUCUCGCGUCUUUUCUUCAACGAAACCGUUUCAAGUAUGCGUUUCGCGUGUUGCGCCGUUUUGGCGGCAGUCUUGCCGAUCUGCCUGCACGCCGCCGUCGUCGCGUCCGGCCUACAGCAGAACGAGGAUAACUACCUGCAGCAGACCGACGGGCCGCGUGACGGACGUGCCGUCGCCGAGCAACCGACCAACGGCAACUGGGCGAUGAUGGUCCGCGUGGCCGACGAAUGCGCCCGCGACCCGGACACGGCCGCCUGCGUGGCCGUCAAAGCGGCCACGGCCCUCGAACGGGCAUCCCGCAUACCCGGCAACGUGCAAGUCCUUCCCGGCCUGACCCUGGUCCGGAACGCGGACGAAGGCUCGGCCCAGCGAGACUCCCGCGCCCUGCCCACCGAGGACGAACUCCGCAGCCAGCUCAUCCAGGACCCAGCCCAAGACCGCACGUCCAAGCUGACCGAAAUGGUCGUCAACUCGGCCCUCCGUUUCGUGCAGUCCAGGUCCCUGCAGUUCAAGUUCCCGCACACCGACCCCGAAGAAUUGUCCAGAGCCAUCGAAGAAGGUGAGUACCGCGCAGGCAUAUGAUAAUAUUAUUUAACCCGUGUCGUUGCAACACGACAUCGGUUCACACGUUUCUAUUCGUCCGGUCCGGAACUAUUAAUUACACUUGCUAGCCUGCACUGUACGACGCAAUAUUGUAGCGCUGCGAUAUUACCGUAUUAACCCGUUGCGUUUAUCGCGUGUUUUAUAGGCCGCGGCAAGCUGAAGAAAAAGUUCAUGCCCAUACUCGGACUGCUGGCCGUGAAAAUCGUCGCCGUGCUGCCCGUCCUGUUGGGAAUCAUCGGGUUCUUCGCGCUCAAGGCCCUCGUGUUCGGCAAACUGGCGCUGCUCAUCGCCGGCGUGAUGGCCCUGCAGAAGUACGCCGGUUCGUCAGCCGGAGGUUUCGGCAAGAUCGCCGCCGCCGACACCUGGUCCACGGCCAACACGGCCAGCGCGUGGCCCGCGGCCGCCGCUGCCCCGAGCACCAACGGCGGAUACUACAGACGCAGCAUGGACGCCGCGGCCGCCCAACAGAUGGCCUACGGCGCGCAGGCCCAGCCGUCCGUACAGACCGUCGCGUAACCCGCGUCGCCACCAUAACAUAUUAUAAUAAUACCGAUAACACGACGAUAACGUAACCACGAGUUUUCUAUCUCGGUUUUUUUUUUUUUUUUUUUUUUAGUCCGUUAAGUUUUUAAUUUAUACACUAUCAUUUUUAAGCGUUCUAUUGUAAUUAGGUAUGUUUAUUUUUUUUUUUUUUUUUUACCGCCGCUGUAGUAGUCUCACGCGACAAUCGCACAUUAUUCUUAGCUAUGAUGUUAGACGUAGACCGUAAAAAAAAAAAAAAAAUAAAUCGGAUAGCGUACACAAUACAAGGGACACUCGCGACGCUCUGUAAUUCGUCCUCUGUAUGGCACGCCUUCCGACGCCGAGUAACUUUUUGCCAUAAUUAUAGUCUUUUAAUAGUGUGUUAAUAAUAAUAUUAAGUAUAUUGUCGGGUCGCCGACCGGCGUGAAUUACGACGCGGUUUCCACGAGAAAAGACUUAUUUGUUAUCGUCUAGUAAUGUUCUACAAUACUGUACUCACCUGCACUAUUGCUAUCCUGUUAUACCGCGGAAAUAUCGUACGUACGUUGUAUUAUAAUUAUCAUUGUAAGAGACACGUGACGAAAAGUUACCGGCUCGUGUUUGGCCAAAACGGCUGAUAUUUUUUCAAACACAAAAAUAAUUAGAUUAUUACCCAUGUAAACUCUAAGAGUUGAUAAUAUAAUAACAUUAUUAUCGUAUUUUAAUAAAUUAUUAUAUUAUUAUUUUUUUUUUUUUUUUUUGUUUUUUCUAUUAAGUUCAACGCCAAUAAUUAUUGUAAUAACCGUAGACGACGUAUACGCGUACGCCGAAAACUAACAAAACAUUAUGCGACCAUUAAAACGCAAAAUGUACGUGUCAUUGUAAAUAUUAUCAUAAUAUUAUUAUUAUUAUUAUUAUACCUGUAAAAUUAAUGAAAAUAUAAAAAUCAAUUACUGAACUAACCG